AUGCUGCUUUGCUUUAGCUCUUUUCCUCUACGGGCUUCUCUCUGCACGAAGAAGCCCGAACGCCGGGCGGAAGUGACGCGCCCAGGGGUUCCGGAAAGAGCCGAGAGCGCCCGAGACGGUACGAAGAAGCCGCCGCGAGCCCUCUGGGUACGGAAAGAGCCGAGCGCUGCCGACGAGCUACGGAACUUGCCGACGCCUCAAAGCGAGCCCGUCCGGAAAAGGCCGAGCGCUUGCCGUGACGUCAUCGAAUGUUCACGCCUCCAGGUUAAUUUGAAGCCAUUUGCUAAUAAAUAUGAAACAAUGAAACCUCUUUGUGUCCUUAUUUAA